AUGAUGUCGUACUCACGGAGAUCAAGGUAUUCUCCAUCUCUUUCUCCUUCUCCUUCUCCUUCUCCAUACAAGCGAUGUGGUCGGUCUGUGUCCAGGUCGCUCUCGGCGUCAAUAUCCAUAAGCCGUUCAAGGAGUGUAUCAAGAGAUGCAGAAAAUCCAGGGAACAAUCUGUAUGUGACAGGUUUGUCUCCUAGGAUCACCAAGAGGGAACUGGAGAAGCAUUUUGCUGCAGAGGGAAAGGUGAUAGAUGUACAUCUGGUGGUUGAUCCUUGGACAAGGGAAUCACGUGGGUUUGGUUUUGUGACAAUGGAAACAGUUGAGGAGGCUGAUCGAUGUGUAAAGUAUCUGAAUCGCUCUGUACUUGAAGGGCGUGUCAUCACAGUGGAGAAGGCCAGAAGGCGACGUGGUCGAACCCCAACACCAGGGAAAUAUCUAGGGCUGAGAACUAUUCGUGGGCGACGCAGGUCUCCUAGUUACUCUCCUCGUCGCUCCCCUAGCUAUUCUCCUUACAGAAGAAGUUAUAGUCGGUCUCCCUAUUCUUCAGACCGAAGUAGGAGUCGUUCUUACUCCCCUCACUUUGGGCGGAGGCGGUCAUACUCUCCUCCGUCUUACUCCCGGAGAAGGUCUUAUUCUCCAUUCUACAGCCGAUACAGGUCUUAUGUGAGAUAUGAUCGACACAGGUCAUAUUCGCGCUCUCGUUCUCCUUAUAGCAGGUCUCCUGUCAGCUUGCGCGACAGAUCAUACUCUCCCUAUGACUCCCGAUAUGACUUGCCGUAUGGUCGCUCCUAUAGAAGGAACCGUUACAGGUCUGUUUCCCGGAGUGCCUCACCUGAUGAUCGCUAUUUCGGAAGGCAUCGUUACAGGUCUGUUUCUCACAGUGCCUCACCUAGGCCAAGGAGGAGGUCAAGGAGGAGCUACUCACGUAGUGCCACUCCUGUAUCAAAGAGGAGAGACUCUCGAAGUUUGUCCCCCAGGUCCAGGAGGAGUCAUUCAAGAAGCUCCAAGAGGAGCGGCAAAUAUUCUAAACACCAGGCAAGAUGCUCGAGUGUGAGUGCAAGUUCGAGAUCCCUAUCGAGGUCUAAUACUCCAAGAUCUACCUCUCCUUCGACUUGA